AUGGGGGGCGGCUGCGAGAACAGCAGCGCGCCGAGGGCGCAGGGCGAGGCGUGGGCGGGGUCCCCGUGCGACGAGCGCCUCUGCAGCUCCCUGCCGCUGCCCGCGCUCAUCCCGGUCACCGCCGUGUGCCUCGGCCUCUUCGCCGUGGGGGUGGCGGGGAACGUGCUGACCGUGCUGAUCCUGCGGCGCUGCCGGGAGCUGAAGACCACCACCAACCUGUACCUGGGCAGCAUGGCCGUGUCCGACCUGCUCAUCCUGCUGGGGCUGCCCUUCGACCUCUACCGCCUCUGGCGCUCCCGGCCCUGGAUCUUCGGCCAGCUGCUCUGCCGCCUCUCCCACUACCUGAGCGAGGCCUGCACCUACUGCACCAUCCUGCACAUCACCGCGCUCACCGUGGAGCGCUACCUGGCCAUCUGCUUCCCGCUCAAGGCCAAGGUGGUGAUCACCAGGCGCCGCGUCAAGGUGGUGAUCGGGGCCCUGUGGGCCUUCGCCCUGCUCUCGGCCGGGCCCUUCUUCUUCCUGGUGGGCGUGGAGCAGCAGGACAACCAGACCGACUUCAGCCGCGAGUGCCGGCUCACGCCGCUGGCCACCGAGUCCGGCCUGCUGGGCAUCAUGCUGUGGGUCACCACCGGCUACUUCAUCCUGCCCGUCCUCUGCCUCAACGUGCUCUACGGCCUCAUCGGCAGGGCGCUGUGGAGGAGCAAGGUCCGGCCCCAGGGCCCCAACGCAGCCCUCAGGGAGAAGGGGCACAAACAGACCAUCAGGAUCCUGGCUGUGGUGGUUCUGGCGUUUAUAAUUUGCUGGUUGCCAUUCCAUGUGGGCAGGAUCAUAUUUAUAAACACUCAGGAUACCAGCAUGAUGCUUUUCUCCCAGUACUUUAAUGUAUUCGCUUUGCAGCUUUUCUAUCUGAGCGCAUCCAUCAACCCAAUCCUCUACAACCUCAUUUCAAAGAAAUACAGGGCAGCCGUCUACAAACUACUGCUCCCACGCAGAUCUGGAGAAAGGGUUUUCAGUGCUACCCGAGAUACUGGUGGUUACACUGAGACCAGCACUAGCAUAAAAAAAGAGUAUGUAACCCCCUUCUGAGA